AUGGCGAACAUCGAUCUCGACCGUUUCGAUCCCACCUGCAAGGACGAGGGUGCAAAAUGGUACGCCUGCCCGGCCACAUCCUCGAACCGUUCGCCCUUUGUAGGCUGCUGCAAAACCGACCCAUGCACCCUCAGCGGCUGCGCAGUCGGCAACCUCGCGCCUGUCUCCUUCAAUGCCUCCGCCUACGGUAGCAUGCCAGAUCCCUCAUGCGGCGCGGCAUCAACCUUUCGCUCAUGCGUCAAUAUACCGAAGAACGACACCACCUUCUGGGGUUGCUGUAAAAGCGAUGCGUGCAAUACCGCGGACACCAAGUGCCCCAAGAACGACCUUACAGCUGCUGUGCUUGAUACCGCGAGUCUGCAGCAGGCGUACAGCGCAAACGGCACGACGGGCGAGGCGGAAGCGGAAGGUGGGCACUCACAUACGGGCGUCAUUGUAGGGGCUGCGGUAGGCGGAGGCGUCGCUGUCGUGGCAAUCAUUGCUAUCCUCAUAUUCUGCCUCUUCAAGAAGCGGCGCGCAAGGAGCAGGUCCGCUCCGCCGUCUUCGCAAGCCCCGUUUCCAAGCCCAGAGAAGACAGAAUACCGCCACUCUGUGAUAUCCGAAGGUACGAAUACACUUUCUCCUGGAGCACCACAGCGAGGACUCGGAAUAUUAUCUGACGGCACGGCAGCUCCGCCCCUCUACAACUCACCCAAACCUCCGCCCUUCGCGGCAUUUGGACAGCACCAGUACACUCCCGUCGCACAGACCGGCGAGCCGCAGGAACUUCCCGUAGACUACACAGCCGGGUCGAGUCAGAGGUAUUCCGAGUUGCCUGCAGAAGUCACUUCGAGCUCGCCGGGGUUGCGACAGGCGCCUGCUGAGCUCGAGAGCCCUAUGAUCAGCCCCCAGCCCUUCGGGAGUCCUCGACCAAGUCCCAGAUCCCAGGGGCCGUCAAGAUUAGGGGACGGAGAGGGCGAGAGGCCACGGACGGCGGAUACGACGUAUAAGGUCAGUAUGGGAGGAUUUGCCUCGCCGCGGUAG